AUGAAACGAAAAGCGCAAACAUCUCAGUCAGAACAACUUGAAUCAACAGAGGACACAAAUGAUGCAAGAAAAAAAGCAAAACCUCUUAAUACAUCAUCAUGUAAUAAAUCAUCAGAAACCGAACCAGCUUUUAUUGAGUUAGAGAUGCCUCAAGCUCAAGUGUAUUAUUAUUCAUCCAUUUUUUCUUUACAAGACUGUGAGAGUUAUUAUUCUGACUUAGCAUCUCUUUCUCAAUGGUCACGUCCAGUCUUUAAAGUUCAUGGACACACUUCACCUGCUCACCGACUCACUUGUUCUUUCGGUUCAACUCCCGAUAAGGUUUAUAAUUAUUCCGGAACUAGUGCAAAAGUUGAUUCUAUUGACUAUCCACCUUCCAUAAAAAUUAUUCAAGAAAAAAUUGAAUCUAUUUUAAAUGCAAAAUUUAAUUUUGUUUUAUUAAAUUGGUAUCAAAGUGGUAAUGACUAUAUCGGUGAACAUUCGGAUAGCGAAAAAGGUCUUGUUCCUCAAGGUAUUAUUGCUUCGGUCAGUUUUGGUAUACCAAGAACUAUUAUAUUUAGAAAUAAAUCUGAUAAGAAAUUACUACGUAAAAUUAUUCUUGAGAAUGGUUCUAUGGUAAUCAUGAAGGGUACUACUCAACGAUUUUGGAAACAUGCGAUUCCAAAAGAAAAAAAGAUUAAAGAUGGUAGAAUCAGUUUAACUUUUAGGCAACUUCAAUAA